AUGGACAUCGCGGAGAUGAACAUGACAUCUAUUUUCGGACCCCCACCGGCGGGAUUGGAUCUCGCAGAAAGCAGAACUUUCCAAGAUACUGCUGUUGUCAUGGCUAUAUGUGUGCUUGCAGUAUUCACUAUUAUCUCCCGGCUUGUUGUGAGGGGAUAUAUCCAGGGAGCGAGGCUGGAAGCCGAUGACUGGUUGAUUGGGACAUCUAGUAUUCCACUGAUAGCAUUGCUUACAGCAUCUAUUCUUGGCGGCACCUACGGUUUCGGUUUACAUGGCUGGAGGAUAACAGUGGAGAACAUGGUGACAAUGAAAAAGAUCCUCUUUGCAUACCUUAUUGUCUAUCUCUUUGAGCUCCUCCUCAUCAAGGUCUCAAUCCUCAUGUUCUAUCGCCGAAUCUUUGGCAUGAACUGGAUGAUCUGGACCACCCUUCUCGUCUCCUAUGGUUGGUCCAUAGGAAGCAUGAUUGCAGCACUAUGUGCUUGUGAGCCAAUCUCAUAUUUCUGGAGGGAAAUCAUUGACACUACGUCUGGCUCAAACCGAUAUAACUUCUAUUAUUACUACGUUGGAAACGCAGCUGCCAACGUCGUGACGGAUGUUCUUAUUCUACUCUUCCCGGUGCCUGUUGUUUGGAGUCUUCAGAUGCGCACAAGUCAGAAGAUUGGUGUGUGUGGUAUACUUCUUCUAGGUGGAUUUAUCUGUGUCGUAAGCGGUAUUCGCAUCCACUACAUAACCUACCUCCACAACAAUAUCGAUAUCACAUGGACACUGGGUGAUGUCGCCGUGUGGUCAACCAUCGAGCCGUGCAUCGGGAUUAUCUGCGCCUGCCUCCCUGUUAUCCAGCCAUUCGUCCGCUCGUUGGUCAAGAAAAUGCCGAGUUUACCCACACAGCAUAUCGGGACAUCUCGAAUGCCCAGUGUUAUACAGAGAAUAUCUCUCCACAAACCUGAAAGCAGAAAUUACGAUAUUGAAUCUAGAACGAGCCCUACACGCUUCGGCGACUCAGAAGAAGACCUGGAUACCUGGAUCCUCUUACUUCGGUCAGGACUCGGGUGGAGAUAG